AUGGAACGACUGCAGAAGAAGCAAGCCACCCUUCGACAAGCCAUCGACGCCAUCAUCGCAGAGAGCAGCGAGGAGCUGCAAGCGCCAGCAACAGCGAUCGGUGAGCUUGAAGAACAUUUGGAAAACCUUGUAGAGCAAGCAAAUGAGCUAAAGGCAGUAAACGACGCCAUCGAGAAGAACAUUGAGCUGCAGGAACUCGAUGCCGCGCUGACCGAAUGCAUUGACUACAAUAAGAAAAUCACCACUAUGAAGACGAAACUCAAAAGAGCCAUAAAAAACGAAUCCUUGAGUGAAACAAGAUCAAGCACUUCAUCAGGAACGAACGAUUCGGAACAAGCAGUACAUUCUGGUGCUGUUCAGAGCACAGUAGCGACGACUCUCCAGCUGCCGUCAUUAACAACCAGGCUUCCGAAGCUGGAGAUCGCCAAGUUCAAUGGAGAUCUACGCUCGUGGACUAGAUUCUGGAACCAGUUCGAGUCGACGAUUCACAAAAAUCCAGCUCUUCACACCAUCGACAAGUUCCAGUAUCUGACUAGCUAUCUAACCGGAAAGGCCGCGGCCGCUAUCGAUGGACUGCCACUCAGUGAUCGAAAUUAUGACAUUGCUGUGAAGACAUUGGUCGAAAGAUUCGGCAGGGACGAGGUCAUCAUUGAGGAGCACAUGGCGCGGUUGCUUGCGGUCCGCCCGGUGCACAAUCUACACGACACCGAGAGACUGCGUACUCUUUACGAUGAACUCCAGACGGGUGUCCGCAGUCUCGAGGCAUUGGGUGUGGCCUCGAGCACAUACGGCGUGCUUUUGUUGACGAUCCUUCGGAAGAGCAUCCCGAGUGAGCUUUGCCUCGAGUACUACAGGAGAAAGACAACAUCGGAAGCCGUUCCUGAAGGCGACCUUCAGGAUUUCCUAAAUUUCCUGAAGGCGGAGGUAGAGAGCAGAGAGAGAGUACAACGUGCAGUACGACCGGUGCCUGACGCCGCUGUAAAACAGAAAGCUCCACUCACAAGAGAUCGUCAUCAAACACCGUCGGCGUCUGCUCUAACAGUGACUGGAAGCGAGGUGCAUUGCGCCUUUUGUGAUGAAGAAGGACAUACCGCGGCGGAAUGUAUCAACCCCAUUCCCAUAGACCAGAAAAGGGCGGUGAUGUCAAAGGAGAGGCGCUGUUACAAGUGCGCAAAAAGAAAUCACCGUGCCGCCUUGUGCAGAACAUCGAUGUGGCUCAAGUGCGCGAAGUGCUCAGGACGGCACGCAACGGGUGUCUGCGAGCUCAACCAAAGAGUAACGCCGCCUCCCUCAGGCGAAGGUGCUGCACCAACAAGUACUACAGUCCAGUCAUCGCUACAGGUGGAACGAAACCGAGGAAGGGCACGUGUACUUCUACAGACGGCACGAGCGCUUGCGGAAGGACAAAAUAAGAGUGCUUUGGUGCGAAUGCUUCUCGACGGGGGCAGCCAAAGAACGUUCAUACAAGAGGAGGUUUCCCGCAGUCUAAAGCUCCGCGUCAUAGGAGAGGAGAGGCUGACCAUUUAUGCCUUCGGAAGCCAGAGGCCAUUAGAGGAAAGAAGUUGUCGUCGGGUGGAAUGCUGGCUAAGAAACUGGCGCGACAACACCAGAGUCCGCAUCGAAGCGCUGGAGAUGCCCGAGAUCAGCGGAGACCUGCUGCCACCACCGGACGACCGCAUUGCCAACAUCGCGCAGGAACAAGGCCUCGAGCUUGCUGACACAGUACCUGGUGGCUACCAUCCUGGAGUUGGAGUUGAGCUGCUUGUUGGGGCAGAUCACUACUGGGACAUCACGACAGGAAGUGUCAAGCGACUCACUGAGAAGCUCGUGGCCGUGGAAACUGCGUUUGGAUGGGCACUGCAGGGCACAGACACCACAUCGUCUGCCGCAGCGUGCCUAACGAGCGUCGGCGUGAUGCGAGUCAGCGUGAACACAGAACCAGAUGACGUUUCUCGUCAACUUAGGUCAUUCUGGGAACUGGAACACCUUGGGAUCGUCGAUGACGCACCGCUGACCACCGAAAACGACGACGUUCUUAGGGCAUUUGAGGACACCAUCGUCCACAAGAACGGUCGUUACGAAGUGAGGCUUCCAUGGAAAGAGAACGCAUCACAGCUGACAGACAACAAGAGGACAGCAUCCCACAGGCUUCACUCACUCACGGCGAAACUACUGCGAAAUGACGAAAUGAUCCGCAGCUAUGAUCAGGCAGUCCGGAACUACCUUGAUGCCGGACACGCUGAGGAAGCCCCAGAACUGGGUGAGUCCCCGCAGGGGCCCAUUUAUUACAUGCCGCACCGAGGCGUUGUCCGGCCAGGUAGCGAAACAACCAAGUUGAGGGUCGUAUUUGAUGCGUCCUCCAAAGCAGCAGGGAAGCUAUCAUUGAACGACGUUCUCUACGCAGGACCCAACCUAAAUCCAAGUUUGUCAGACAUCCUGAUUCGAUUUCGAGUGCACAAUGUGGCCAUAAUGUCUGACAUAGAAAAGGCUUUCCUCCAAAUAGAGCUGGCUGAGAAGGAGCGUGACGCUCUCCGCUUUCUGUGGUAUCAAAGUACACCAAAGCAAGGCGAAUUACUACCCCCAAUCAAAGAAUACCGGAUGACAAGGGUGCCAUUCGGCGCUACGUGCAGCCCGUUUCUCCUCGCGGCUACCUUGCGUCAUCAUCUGAAAGGUGUCGAGGAGAACUUUUCCCGCACCGCUAAGCUCCUAAGUGACAACCUGUAUGUCGACGACUUUGUGACUGGUGCUGACAGUGUAGAAGAGGCAGAGCAGAUAUGCAAGGAAGCGCAGGCUAUACUCGAGAUGGGAGGCAUGAACCUCAGGAAAUGGCGAUCGAAUAAUCAAGACGUAAUGGCAUCGCUUACUAAGAUUGAGACAGCCCAAACGGCUAUACCGGAGUUGGGCCCCACAAAGAUUCUCGGUGUGGAAUGGAGGCCUGCGACAGAUGAGUUCGUGUUUGAGAUGUCCGCCCUGAUUGCAUUUUUGGCAAGUAGGCAGGACACAAAGCGAUUUCUGUUACAGACCUCAGCACGCAUUUUCGACCCAUUUGGUUUCCUUGCGCCCACUACGAUUACCGCAAAGAUAAUGUUUCAAAGCCUCUGGGUGCGGGGUACAGCAUGGGACGAAAUUAUUCCCCCAGAUGUGCAAGAGUGA